UGGGGACUGUCGGCUUGGUAAUAAUAAGCAUAAAGCAAAAAUACAAAAGCCAAUAAGCUUGGCUCCAAUUUUGUUCUCCUUUUUCAACCUUCCCUCUCUCUCUCUAAAGAGAAGAAUUUUCUGUGUCUCCUGCACCUACACUACUACUACUUCACCACAUAUUCACCGACCCUCAGAGCCACACAAUUUGCUUUAUUGGUUGUUGCUGUUUGUACUUUUUUUUUUUAAUCACCAGGUCCAACACUGUUUCUCAGUUCGAUUUCUGUCUAUUACUCUACUCUUUCUUCAACUACAAUGGUUCAAUUCUUGUUUUUCGGGGGCAGAUCUUGAGAAUCGUGUGAGACGAGAGGUAGAAGUGCAGUCCAGUCCUUGUGAGCAUGUCUAAACAAGCGAUGCAGUCGACAAAUGAUAGCACGAGGAAGAGUAGGGAAAGUGUGCAAUCUUAUCAGCCUCUUUGGAUGGCUCAUUGGAUGAGGAUAACCAGUAGUGCAACAGCAAAUCAAAGACAAGAUGAGGGUGCUUGUGGGGAUAAGGAUAUUGACCUUGUGCUUAGGGAUGAUCAUAUGAAAAUGGAGGCUUCUAGGUCUGCCAAAGAUCCUCGAAAAAUAGAGGGUGAUACUGAAAGUUGUAGAAUGAGUUCAAAAGGCUUGGGCGCUGAUGAAUUGUGCAGGGCUAAAAUGAAAAAUGGCCAAUGCCCUGAUGAAAUUCAUGCAAGAAGGUCAAUCAUUGAUCACAACCUUGGUAGUGGCGAAGGCAUUAACUGUAAGGGUGGAAUUCAGUUAUCCUCUGGGGUUCUAGCUGCAGAGGAAAGUUCCUCAAGAGGAUAUCAUUUCUUCAGUGAAGGCACUUCAAAGAAACCUGCCAAUGAAAGAAGUUAUUUGGCUUCAAUUCCUUCUCAGGAAAGAUUUGUUACACAUAUAGUGCCAUAUCAUGACCUUGAAAGAUACAAGUUUGACAAAGGGAAAGGGAAAGCUGUGAUGUGCCCGUCGAUAAGUAGACCUUCUAUUGUUCCCAAUACUCAAGUUCCAGAGAUAGGACAAGAACACUGCCAGAAGCACUCCCCGCCAGCAGAUAUAAUUUGGGAUAACUAUCAUCAGUUGAAAUCUGGCCAAGGUUGGCUCCAAAGGAUGCAGAAGUGUUCACAUAGUACCUCAUUGCCUCCGAGUCAAUGCAUAGCUCCGGAGAAGAAUGAACAAAAGGCGUCAUGCUAUGACUGCUACCCUUUCCAGAAUCUCCCAAGCAGUGUUCACAAGACAAUGAGAAUUUGCACUACUGUGGACUCUAUAGACGCCACACCUGGAGGUUUUCCUAAGUUUUCUCAGACAACUCACAGCCUGUUAAUCACAAAAAAGACUGAUGUCAAUGUAUCUGGAGAAACUGAUGCUUUUAGAAGGUUAAUUGCUCAAAUGAAUGGAAUCUCAUCCAGUGAUCCCUUCCCUGUUCAAGCUAAUAAAGGAGUGAAGCUUCAACCAAUUAGUUCCUCCAACAGUGAAGGACAUGGAAAUGUUGGGGAUAUUGGUAUUGGAACUUCUAAGGUUGCUUCAAAGAAUGAAUCAUCAGCUCAAACAGACACUACGGUCAUGGACAUUUUUAAGGAGAGACCAAAUUCCGGUGUAAAUUCUAUGCAGUCAACCAAGAUUCUCAAUAUUGACAAUAAUCUAUCACCUUGGAUCGAUGUUGCUUCUUCCUCAAGAGAGGUUGGGCGCCGUUGGACAAGCUCUGGGCUACCAGCAGUUGCAAGUUCAUCAGGGGACAUGCCUACUUCCUCGAGAACUCAGAGUUUGGAGAUGGACAUGCACCUGUCCCAAGCUGAGCCGCCUGAACAAAAAUCUACUCCAAGUGCCAGAUGGAUCAAACGUCUCAAGAACUCAUCUGAUUGCUCUAGUCAAGGCACAAAGACCUUUAACUUGGCUGAAAGUUUAUCUCAUGAAAAAAAGAGAGUGCUUUUCAGAAGUAUACUCAACAAAAGCAUCGUUUGCUCGGAACCAACUCCAAAAGAGCACCAUGGGAAAAAAACAUUUUUGUCAGAUGGAAGUGGAAACUUGACCAAGGAUGAUGAGCACUUCUCACCGGACCUACCGAAGAAGACCAAGGAGUUGUUGCUUUCACAUGUUUGGAUAAAAAGGUGGCUCUGUAAUGGGUCGCAAAUGUCCCAAAAGAAAGCUGAAACACGAGUAGUUUGUGAACCACAAGAUCUGAAAUCUUCAAUGGAUGACCUCCAAAAGAAGCAGUUCCCCAGCACUGCGGCUAUAGCACUGAUGGGGAAGUCUAUGACUGGUGGUUCUCAGUCGUGCGAGCUCCAGAAGAAGGGCUCUUUGACAGUUUGGAAGACAAACGCUUUAUAGAAGAAUGCCAACCAUAUUUGCUUCAUGGAGAUCCAUUCACUUGGUUUUCUAUAUGCAGAAGAUCCUUUGAUGAAGCAGUGGUGACAACAGCUACAUGCAUGCAUAAUACUCAACUAGACUGCCUCACGGCCACUGCUCAUUGAAUGCAUUUCUGGUGCCUCUUUCCCCAAGUUGUAAGUAUGCAUCUCAACUAGUGUGGAGACUGUCUUCUUUGGCGUGUGAAUUCCAGUUAUGUAUAGGUAGGUGUAAGGAGUGGGACUAGCAGUCAGCAGCCCAUUUUUGUCUAAACUUAAAAUGUAUGGUUUCUACUAAUAAGAGUGCUUUAUAAGCUUUUGGUCUCUUUCUCCA